GCGGCCAUUCUUCUUGCCUGUGAGUUGUUUAUUGUUGUGUCGGUUCUGUUGGACUGGAUGCAGAAGAGAGAGAGACAGCGGCGCAUUAGUCAACUCAGGGGGGAGAUAAGGAGGGCUGGGUUUCAAACCAACAACUGACAGCUGGCUUGGUGCAGAGAAAAGUGAUGGAGUGUGUCUGGUGGUUGCUUACACCACAGCUUUGCCAUCGCUCUUCAUGUGCUCAUUGAUUAAGUUGUCCUGGCUGGGUUUUCACUGGGCCACUGCCCAUCCUGGGGGCCAAAACACACCUGCCCGGGCCUGUCAGCUGCUUAAAGUUAUGGCAUCACAAGAACCCCCUCAUAAGGCACCUCCAUUGUUUUGAAAUGAAGGCACAUCAAUUUCACAGGCUCCACUGCCCGGCGGAUGAUUUGUGAGUGCCAUUAUCCUCCGGAAUCGCUCUGGAAAAUGGCUGCGGCGAGAAAGGCAGGAACUGGUGAGGGAGGAAAUAGCGGAGGAGGGAUAGACAGGGAGGAAAAGACGAAGAGAUGGGGAGACGCUCCGUGAAAACGCUCCAUUGGCCGUGUACGCAUCCGACAAGAGCAAACACAAGGUCGAUUAAAAGGAUCAUUUUAAAGAGGAGACGAGGUUUUGGUAAAGAGAUGACAGUUUGAUUUUUGUUUUUUAUAAGUAAGGAGGAGGAGUUAAAGGAGGUGAGCCGUGGGGGUAACAGGUACAUUUACAGGAAAAGAAGGUCUACAUCCUGGAAAUGACACACUGUAGAAUACAAGACCGGUUAUUUGGUCCAGUGGGUUCAAAUUCUGGCUCGUGUGAAACUGAAACUCAACAUCAAAAGUUCCAAGGUGAUAACACUUUCAGACAUACAACCAAUUAAUUAUGGGUAACAUGUUGCUAGGUGACGGAGAGAGUUGCAUUUGUGGUCGGUUUAGUGUAGGAUUUCGGAUUACUCGCCAAUUGGGAUUCUCUCAAAUUUCUGGUUUGUCAAAUGAACAGUGUAGCCCAGAUACCAUCUGAGGGUGGUGUCAUGUGGCCCACUGGCUGCUAUAACAAACAGAUGAAGAAGUUAUUUGACUGGUCUGCCGACAGUGAGCGCAACAAUGUCCAGUGGAAAAUGGAGCUUGGAUCUUGCAAAAGUUGUUUUCUCGUAACUUAGAAAACUAUCUGAGAUAUUUCGAAACCCCUCUGUAUUUUAAGUUUGUGUUCAUUCAAAAGAGUGAUUAAAAAAAUAGAAUGUGGCCCCUGUCUUAACCUUUUCAUAAAAUAAUAAAACACGCUCACGUGUUGUAACCUAAUAAAAAACGCUGACCGUGGGGAAUCAUCAUUUCAGACCCGACCACAGCGGAGUUGAAUGAAAAGUGCAUCUUGUUAGCAAUUCUCUUCAUCUCCCCUCAUCCUCUGACACAAACUCGGCAACCAGAAUAAGCAGAUUGCCGAUAAGGGAAGCUCAUUAAUCAAGUCCGCGCAGCGCCGGAACCUUUGGCUCGCCGUCCUCUCCCCUCACUUUGCUCUCCUCUUUGAGCCAGAACAAAAAAAAAAGGGGGAAUCUGUUUGGAGGCACGGCGCUGCGCACAGGCUUUCAUAAGUGGAGCACAAUGUGUGGUCAAAUGUUAAAGUUAUCAGCAGAGAGCAGCAGUGAACGAAACUCUCCAACGCCCCGCUCCCAUACCUGUGGUGAAGGAUUUGAGUUCACCGUCGGAGGCCACGAUGACAGAGCACAAAGCAUUCUGCUGCGCUGAGAUAAAACCAACCACACGGACACAGGGGAAAGUAAAUAUUCACUUCCAUGGAAGUAACCAUGGAGAUCAACCACGAAGCUGGAGCCUAACAUCUCCAUCCUCUUCUUCUGAUUCACAUUAAUCACACACUCUCUCUGAAUAUGCCAUCCAAGUGUGAAAAGGCCCCACGGACCGCUUAGCACCUGCUGUGCCAUCUGAGUAGGAGGCGGCAACAAGAGACCAAAUGCCAUGGAUGUAUUGAAUUUCACCUACUGGAAUGCCUCUGAAGGCAAUGAGACAGAAGUGGUGGAAGAGAAUGAAAGUCCCUACAAGACCGUGGAGGUGGUGUUCAUCGUACUGGUGGCCGGGUCCCUCAGUUUGGUCACUGUUAUUGGAAACAUCCUGGUCAUGCUGUCCAUCAAAGUUAACAGAAACCUACAAACUGUCAACAACUAUUUUCUAUUCAGUCUUGCAUGUGCUGACCUAAUUAUCGGACUCUGCUCCAUGAACUUGUACACGGUCUACAUCGUGAUAGGCUACUGGCCCCUUGGGCCCGUGGUGUGCGACCUGUGGUUGGCCUUGGACUACGUUGUCAGCAAUGCGUCUGUCAUGAAUCUCCUCAUCAUCAGCUUUGACAGAUAUUUCUGUGUCACUAAGCCCCUCAGCUACCCUGUCAAAAGGACCACCAAGAUGGCAGGAAUGAUGAUCGCCGCUGCCUGGGUCCUGUCCUUUAUUCUCUGGGCGCCUGCCAUUCUCUUCUGGCAGUUCAUUGUUGGGGGACGGACAGUUCCUGAGAAGGAGUGUUACAUCCAAUUCUUCUCUAAUGCUGCUGUCACUUUUGGCACGGCCAUUGCCGCCUUUUACCUGCCAGUCAUCAUUAUGAUUCAGCUCUACUGGCAGAUCUCCAGAGCGAGCAAGAGUCGAGUAAAGAAGGAUAAUCGCAAGCCAUCAGGAGCCAACCCAGAACCACUGUCUCCUUGCCAGAGGAUGAACAACACACCAAUACCGAACAACAAUAAUGUACCAGGUGAGAACGCGGGGCAUUCCCAAGGCCAGAACGCCGAUGCAGGUGCCAACGAGCAUGAUGGGAAGCUGCAAAAUGGUAAAGGACCUUCCUCAAACGCUGAGGCUGAAAUUGAGGGUGACGCCAGGGAGAACUGUGCUGCGGGCGAAGAAAAGGAGAGCUCAAAUGACUCGACGUCUGGCAGCGUUGCAGUAUCCAACCAGAAGGAUGACGAGGUGGCGCCGUCCACUGCCAACUCCAGCCUGGAGACGAGUCAACCGGUCCCACGUCAGCGGGCCAAGGCUGAGGCUUCCAAGCUGACCUGCAUCAAGAUUAAGACGAAAUCUCCCAAGGGUGACUGUUACACGCCGUCCAACGCCACGGUGGAGAUCGUACCAGCCACAGAGCGGCAGAAUCACGUGGCAAGAAAGAUUGUGAAGAUGACCAAGCAGCCGCCGAACAAGAAGAAGAAAGCAGCGCCAUCACGGGAGAAAAAAGUCACGCGCACCAUUAUGGCCAUCCUGGUAGCGUUUGUAGCCACCUGGACACCUUACAACGUCAUGGUGCUCAUUAACACCUUCUGCUCCAGCUGCAUCCCCAACACCGUGUGGACUAUCGGUUACUGGCUGUGCUACAUCAACAGCACCAUCAAUCCGGCCUGCUACGCUCUGUGCAACGUCACCUUUAAAAAGACUUUCAAACAUCUCCUUCUGUGCCAAUAUAAAAAUAUAAGGUCUGCGAGAUAAAUACGGGCAACCUGGGAGGAAGAGCUCGAGUGCGAGUUCGUGUGAGUGUUUCUGAGCGUCAUCCAUGUAUACAUGUUUGUGUGCGAGCAUGUUAAAGGAUGCGAGAGCACAUUUGGUGAGACUUUCCAUCUCUUCAACAUCAGUGUUCCAAUUUCUCUCAAUAAUCCGUUUUAGCACUCAACGCACCUCUAAAAUGAUGCCAGGCGUGUAGAGCAGAGGGCACUUCAACAUAGUCUGACAGAUAAAAAAGAAAAUGGAGGGUUGAAAAAGAUCUAUGCUGUUCAAAAAUCUAGAAAAACAACCACAUGGGAAAAUAGGGCUGACUGAAUUUAAAAACCUCAAACAGGUUGAAGUUCAGUGAUAAGAUACCUGUACAUAAUUGUACAUAUCAUCGUAUUCUUGGUUUGUGGGUGUGCGUGCUCCGGUGUGUGCGUGUGUGUUUGUACAUCUCAUGUGUGUUCUUCUGCCUGUGUGUUUUCUCAAUCAAAACACUUCCAACCAGCAACAUGUAGUUUAAAAGUAGAAGAACUGAAGAUCUGGUCCCAUAAAAACAACGUAUAGUUUUCAUCAAAGGUUUUUUAUCCAUCUGCCAAUUUAGAGAUCCAACUGGCAAAUGAAUCAGAAAAACAAACGUACGUGUUUAUAUUUGCAUAUUUAGAUUUCAUACAUCAAGAAAGAAAUCCUCAAAGAAAAUCAAUCUACAUCUAUAAUAAUUAACUCCAGUAGCUUUGAUUUCAAUCAGCGAGCAUGGCCGUGAUCAUGAGGGCCAAAACGUGGAACUCCACGUGGUCAUAAAAUAUUGUUUUGGUG